AUGGCUCAUGGAGGAAUAAAAAAUAGGAGGGAGGCUCAUAUGUCGUCUUGGUGGAGAGAUAUCGUGGCUCUAGAUUCAGCUAAACCUGAGGGUUUCUUUAAUUUAAAUUGCAAGGUUUCAGUGGGGAAUGGAUUCACCACAUCUUUCUGGUUUUCUAAUUGGACAAGACAAGGCAUUCUAAAAGAUUUAUUUACUCUGUUGUUCAUUUCUUCUGUCUUGCAGCAGGUUUCUGUGGCUUUGAUGGGUUCGUGGCAAGAGGGCGUUUGGGUGUGGGGCUGUUUCGGUUUGCAACACAACUCUUCAAACAGCCAGCACACUGAUUCUCUUUCAGCAACUGAUGUUGUAGCAAACAGUCAGGGAGAAGGGCACAAUUUUUUCACACCUUGGAAUGAACAACUCGCGCGGCUGAUGCAGGACUUACAGGAGGUGGAAUUAGACUUUAAUUCCCAGGACACAAUUCAGUGGAUGGAGGGUGAUGACGGAAGCUUCUCGGUUAAACAUUGCUACAAAAUUCUGAAUGCUAGACAUUAUCCAUACGGUCCAUUGGGGGAGUUUGAUAAAGCUUAUCAAACCGUUUGGAAGAUGGAGGUGCCAUUGAAAAUAAAGGCUUUCGGAUGGCGUUGUUUCAUUGACAGAAUCCCGACAUCAAGUGGUUUAUCUUCAAAAGGUAUCAUUCUGAUUUCCUCUUCCUCUUGCGUCUUCUGCUGCAAUCAUGAUGAUUUUUCGGCUCAUUUGUUGCUGCUAUGUCACAAUGUUGAUUUGGUGUGGAGAGAAAUAGCGGAUUGGAUCGGUUUUGAGGACUAUAAAGCGAGAGACUUUAAGGAAAGCUUUUUGAAAUGGUAUUAUUUCGGAAAAAAGUCUUAUGUUCGUAAGGGAAAGGAAGGAGUUGUUUGGUUGGCGGUAUUGUGGCAUCUAUGGACGGUUAGAAACAGAAUAGUUUUUAGGGGCGAUUCAUGGAAUAUUUCCAAUAUUGUUUGGGGGGUGAAGGCUCUGGUUUGGCGAUGGGCUUUUGUUAGGAAAAUUAGGCAACCCAAUUGUACUUUUUACGAAUUUAGUAGGAAUCUCCUAAUGUAUCUUUCGUAA